AUGAAAACUAUCACUCAAUUAAAAAAUACUCGGAAAUUCCAAAUAAUUGCUAGAAAGACCGCCGGAUUAGUUUUAGCGGGUUCAGAAAUUAAGGCUAUUCGUAAUCACCAAGUUGCGAUUAAUGAGGCCUAUGUUUUACCUCAUAAAAAUGAGUUAUACAUUUAUAAACUUUCGAUUUCUGCUUAUCGUUAUGCUAACUUGUUUUCCCAGAGCCCUCCCCAAAAACCUCCUAAGGUGGAAAUCGCCUUAGCCCAAAGUCUAAAAAAAUUCCAAGUAAAAGCCUUGGUUAAAGCCAAAGAGGUCAAGAAAAAAUUACAAAGAAAAGAAUAUAACCUGCGGUCACUAAAAUGUGAUGCUUGCGGUUUAGCAAACACUAGGGAAAGAAGUUUUUCAACAAUACCGGAUUUUAGCGACGCUAUCACCGGCGAAAAUAAAACAGAGAAAGAAAUAGAGCGGAUAAAAGAAAAUAUUGCUUACCAAAAGGAAAUUAUCCAAAAGUUUUUAUCUAAAAAUAUUUCGAGCGAACUGCGACAGGAACUUAAUUUGAUUUUUCAAGAGCGUUGCGAACUAGAAAAAAAUAUUCCCAAUUUGGAAAAGUUAGCCCGCGGGCAACAGUCCAAUAUUUACGAAUAUUUCCUUUGUGAUAAAUGCCACCAAGAAGUAACGGAAAAAGAAGUAAAAAUAGAACAUGAUUAUCAAGACAAAGGUUUAAAUAAAUUAGAAAUGAAUGAAGGAAUUUUUGACCAAAUUGCCCAAGAAAUCGGUGGUAAAGAAACUGAUAUAAUACUUUGGACCAGCGGAAAAAAUGCUCUAUAUAGCGAAGAAGAAUUCGUGAAGCAUCAUAAAGGAUUAAAAGAAAAUUUAAUAAGGAAAUUAAAAGAAGAAAGGGAUAAAUUAAAUGCUUCCCAAAUAGAAAGGUUGGAACUAGA